GUGUGUGUGUGUGUGUGUGCGCGUGUGUGCGUGUGUGCAGAAUGCACACUAUCUCCUGUUGGUUCAGUUGGAGACGAUCAUAGGUGGCUGCUGUGACAAAGGGAAAUUGUGCUUUUCCAGCAUGCUUACUGACCCUGAUUUACCUCAGGAGUUUGAAAGGAUGUCUUCCAAGCGACCAGCCUCUCCGUAUGGGGAAGCAGAUGGAGAGGUAGCCAUGGUGACAAGCAGACAGAAAGUGGAAGAAGAGGAGAGUGACGGGCUCCCAGCCUUUCACCUUCCCUUGCAUGAAGUUGAUGGCAAUAAAGUUAUGUCUUCAUUUGCCCCACACAACUCAUCUACCUCACCUCAGAAGGCAGAAGAAGGUGGGCGACAAAGUGGCGAGUCAUUGUCUAGUACAGCCUUGGGAACUCCUGAACGGCGCAAAGGCAGCUUAGCUGAUGUUGUUGACACCUUGAAGCAGAGGAAAAUGGAAGAGCUCAUCAAAAACGAGCCAGAAGAAACCCCUAGUAUUGAAAAACUACUCUCAAAGGACUGGAAAGACAAGCUUCUUGCAAUGGGAUCAGGGAACUUUGGCGAAAUAAAAG